AGCUCGAUAGCCGGCGCUUUUGCGACUCUGACGAAUAAUAGGUCACGCGGGCGCAGUGCAACCUAACACAGCAGUCACAGAUGGCUCAUACACCGCACCGCUGAUUCUACGGCAUUCUACGGCAAGACAUAGCAGUCACAAGUACACCUAAUCAGACCCUUCUUCCUGAGGCGACACAACGCGCGCACGACCAUCAAACGACACUCGCGACGCUGUAAAAGACGCACCUUGAUCAGAAGCACACCUCAAGACCCACGACGAUGCAAAACCGCCGCAGAGCCGCCGCGGCCCUCGUCGCCGCCGCGUGCACGAUACAGAUCGGCGCGUGGUUCGCCUGGUGGCAGACGGCGUGGGUCUACGACGACCAGGCGCUCUGGCACUUCCAGUGGGCCCUCGUGACCGCGUCGCUCGCCGCCGCGGCCGCGCUGAGCGCGCCGGCCGAGGGCUACGCGCUGUGGACACGGCCGCCUCGGUACAAGGGCCCGCGCUGGGCCCGCGUCGCCGACGGCGCGAGCCGCGUUGGAUUAAUAGCGCUCGCGCUCGUUUUCAUUAGAGUCGUGUCGCUGCACGUCUUCGCGACGGGCACGAACCGGAAAGCGGUCUGGACGUGGCAUAACAAUCGGGCGGCGCGCUACGACGCGCUCAAGUGGCACGCCUACCAGUUCGGCUGGGACGCCAUGGUGCCCAUGGCGUUGCUGGGCGUGCCGGCCCAGCAGUUCUCGCCGCCGCUGCGAGCGCUCGGCCUCAGCCACGAGGCCGCGAUGGCCUUCCACCGCGUUUUGGGGAGAGCCACGCUGAUCCUGGCGACGCUGCACGUCACGCUCUACCUCCUCGUCUGGGGGCUCGAGGGCGGGCUCGAAAAAAUUGGAGACGAGGCCCUGAGCGCGUGCCACGGGUCGGCGCGCGUGUCGCACCGGCCGUCCGAGCUCUUCGCCCACGCCUGCGGCGCCCAGGCGCCCUCGCGGAACAUCUCGAACUUCUACGGCCUGCUGGCGUGGUGCGUCGGCGUCGUCGUCGGCGUGACGAGUCUGUACGCGGUGCGGCGGCGGUCCUACGCGUUGUUCAUGGUCGCGCACCAGUUGCACUGGGCCUGGUGGUUCUUCGUCUGCUUGCACUGGCCCGGGAUCCUCGCGUUUGCCGCGCCGUCCGUCGUCUUCAUCGCCGCCGAUUCGGCGCGUCGACGCGUCGCGGAGCGGACGGCGCGCUGCGCCGUCGCCGCGACGGGCGACGCGACGAUGGCGACGGUCCUGGUCCCCAUGCCGGGCUACGCCGAGGAACAGCUCACGGGCGGCGUCGUGCGGCUCCGGUGCCGCGACGUCUCGUGGAUGUGGCACCCCUUCACGAUCGCGGGCGCGGCGGACGGCGCCGCGGUCGUCCACGUCUUCGACGCGGGCGGGUGGACGCGCGCCUUGUGCCGCCUGGCGGCGCGGCAGCCCGUCCUCGAGCUCGAGGUCCGGGGCCCGCUCAUCGCGCCCCUGGCCUUACAGCAAAAGGCCCGGGCGGCGGCGCGCGGCCGACCCUUGUUGAUCGUGGCGGCGGGGUCGGGCCUCGCGCCGGCCGUGGCCUUCCUGCGCCUGGUAAGGCUAUCGAACCCGGCGCCGAACCAGCAGAUCCGGUUCGUGGCCAUCGUACGGUCGGCCCAGCAAAUCGAAGUGCUCGACGCCUUUUGCCUGCCGACGGCCGGCGCCUCCUCCCAGGAGCCGUGGCUCCAGACGGAAAUUCAUAUAACGCGGGCGCCGGACGCGCCGGCGGCUUCGUGCGCUGUUGAGAAGACGACGCGCCCGAGCGCGGGCCGCGUCGUGGUCCGGCGCGACGGCGCAACAAUCGUCGCCGUUGCCGCGCCGUGGCCGACGGAGGCGAAGACGGCGACGGUGUCGCCGCUCUUUCCGAACGAGGCGCGGGAGGCCGCGCCGGCCUCGCCGGCCUCGCCCGUCGACCUGCGGCGGCACCGGCCGGCGGGGGGCGCGGCGGGCGGCGCCGCCGCCGCCGUGCUCGGAAGUGGUCUCGGCUUCCUGGCCGCGGCCUACCUUGUCGCCUGGCGCGCGGGCGCGCCGUUCGCGGGGCGGUCGCCGUACGUCUUCGACCGGCGCAAGGACGGCAACCCGAACGUCGUCUCGGGCGGUCUGAGCCUGGUCGUCUGCGCCGCGGCCGCGUUCCUCGGCGCCGCGGUCGCGCUGGCGGUCGCCGGGCGCGUCCGCCGACGCGGCGCCUACCGCGGCGCCGCCGCCGACGUAGAGCUCGGCGGCGGCGCCGACCCCGCCGGCGCCGCCGCGGAGGUCGUGUUCGCGACCGCGGGCGCGCGGCCCGACCUCGACGCCGUCGUGAAGCGGGCCGACGAGCAGCUCGGCGCGGACGCCGACGUGAUGCUCGGCGGGCCGCAGCCCCUCAUCGACGGCCUCGAGGGCCGCCUGCGAGAUCGCAUCGUGGAGCGGAUGACGUGGGCCAUGUAG